AUGGGGGCCUUCAAUGCGACCUCCGGAUCGGUGGUCAACGGCGGCGGUGGCGGUAACGGAGGACAAUUGCAUGGGCACCACGGAGGGUACCAUCAUCACCAUGCCGGGGUUGUGGCGGGGCACGCCGCUGGGGUCGUCGGGGCUCAUCAUCAUAUGAUGGCGCAUCAUCAUCAUCAUCAUCAGCACCAACAGAGUAUGCACCAUGCCCAUCACCCAGCGAUGGCAGCAGCAGCUGCUGCUGCUGCUGCAGCAGGUUUGCAUCCAGAUGCUGAUACUGACCCAAGAGAAUUAGAAGCAUUUGCUGAACGUUUUAAACAGAGGCGGAUCAAACUUGGAGUGACACAGGUGCAACCCAGGCCAUCAGCGCCAGAAGCAGAAGCGCAUGAAGUACGGGGCGCAGCACUGACCGAGUGCCGCACUGACGCAGGCGUUCGCGGCCCACCAGGCAGUGGCGGCGAUGCAGCAGCAGCAGCAGCACCAGCAGGCGGCGGCGGCCAGUGGCACUGUGCUCGCUUUUGCUGGGGGGGCUUAUGGGUAUUGAGAAUAAUGGAAAUAGAAAAAAGAGAGAAACUGCUAAAGAUGUAA